GUGAAAAGUGGCCUAAACAUGUUGAAACAGAGAUAUAUCUCUUCGUUUGUAAAGUUCAGUUCUUCUCAUUGCGCUAAUGCGCCAAUUUACUGACCUAACAAAACCUAACCAAUCUAAUGCGAAAAGCGAGUUACAUGAAGACUGGAGGAAUUCGAUUGGAGGCAGCCAUUGUUAUGAUGAUGUAGUGCGCGCGUGCGCAGUGAGAGGAACUGAACGUUACGAACGAAGACUUGGGGUCAUUUUCCAUUCAUUGCUAGAGUAGACUAUUCCCCUUCCACGAAUAUAAGUUCUAUGCCACUUUUAACAACGCCAUUCCUCUUCCAGGAGUAUGAGUUCUAUGCCUAAAACUGUAGCGUUGUGCAUCUCCCUACUCAUAUCUGCGGCGAGUAAUGCAAUUCACCUUUUUUCCCUUAAUUUUCGUUUGUAGCCAUUCCCAACUGUUCCUAACGUUAUUGCUCACAUUCAUUUUCCCUGUAGCUUCCUUUGUUAUCAAUUUUCUUACACAAAGAUCUCAUUAUUUACGAGUUCGUGAAUAUGUCAAAGGCGAAAGUGUCCGCAGAAUGGAAAAAACGCGUGAAAUCAGAAUACAUGCGACUGCGGCAAAUGAAGCGGUACAAACGAGCAGAUGAAGUGAAAAUUGCUUGGAAUCAAAAUCGCAAGGUUAUGACUGGUCAGUGUCCUUGAAUAGUAACAAUUUCCAGGAAUGGAGUAUCAUUUUACCUAACUUUUGGUGGCAGAACAGAAAAGAUGGGCUGAUGGAAAAGCAAUGUGGUUGGCAAUGCAGGAAAUUCCUCCACAUGUUUCUUGUAUGAAGAAAGCAGAAAUUACAAGCUCCGAUGGUGAUACACAAUCAUGUCCAGUAAAAAUAAUUAAUGCAGUGACUCCUAUUCCUACUAUGUAUACAUGGGCUCCGAUACAGCAGAACUUCAUGGUGGAAGAUGAAACUGUUUUACAUAAUAUUCCCUAUAUGGGUGAUGAAAUUCUAGAUCAAGAUGGUACAUUUAUUGAAGAACUUAUAAAGAACUAUGAUGGAAAAGUUCAUGGUGACAGGGAGUCAGGUUUUAUGGAUGAUGCUAUAUUUGUUGAUCUUGUGAAUGCCCUUGCAAAUUAUGAAAAAGAUGAUAAAGAAAGAGAAAUACCAAAGAGAGGUAGGGACAUGUCCAAAGAUAAAGAAAGCUCCAAGGAAGAUGACAAAGAGAAAAAGGAUGAAUCAAUCAAGAUUGAGCUCAAACAAGAAAAAAUGGAAGAGGACUCUAAGGAUGAGAAAGAAAGUGAUGGUCGUCCAUUUCCUGCUAUUCAAAUAUUCAAUGCAAUUUCCAGUAUGUUCCCUGAUAAAGGCAGACCAGAAGAACUUAAAGAGAAGUAUAUCGAGUUGACAGAAAGAUCUGAUCCGAAUAUUCUUCCUCCUGAAUGCACACCAAACAUUGACGGCGUGAACGCAAAGAGUGUCCCCAGGGAACAGACUAUGCAUUCCUUUCAUACACUUUUUUGUAGACGGUGUUUCAAGUACGACUGUUUCCUGCAUCCAGCCAGGGGGACUUCGCCGCAAGGUCUGCAAGUCUGUCAUCCUGGGCCGAAUUUACAGAAACGCAAAGGACCGGAUUUGAAGCCUUUUUCUGAGCCAUGUGGUUCUGAGUGUUACAUGCACUUGGAAGGUAUGAAGGAGAAGCUGGCUGCACAGGCAGCAGAUAUUAAAGAAGAAGAAAACGGCAUGGCUGAAGAAAAGAGAGGAUGCUCUGCAAAUGGUAACGGAAGUGGUGGUGGUGGUAUAUCUGGGAGUGGGAGUAUAAAUGGAGGUUGCGGUACCGGAAGUGGCGCUGUUGCUGGAGGACCGCGAAAAGUUCGUAAGCAGGCAAGCAUGGAUUCUGGAAACGAAGCUAGUAGCGAGGAUAGUAAUGACAGUAACAAGUACAGUCAGGGUGGCAGCUGCCAAGGUGAAAACUCCUAUGACGUCGUUCUUAAAACAGCGAGCCCUGAAGAAGCCACAUCUACGAUGGGUUUAGGGACGGAUUCAAGUCCCGAGAUUUUACCAGGAUUCUUUACAGAUUUCAAGCAGAAUGUUAACCAAGAUUCACGACCGUCCGAAGAAGUAAUGGCGGAGAACUCUGUCGAUGCUCACCCUGAGCAUCAAACACCAUUUACACUGUUGGGUCUGGACAGGCGUAUCAAUAUAGAAAGCGAGUUCUCUUGGACAGGAUCCGAGCAGAGUCUAUUCAGGGCUUUACACAAGGCUUUCCCAGGUAAUCCUUGUGCACUGGCUCAAAUAAUGCUCACAAAGACUUGUCAAGAAGUUUACCAGUUUGCACAGAAGGAGGCUUCCGAUAUACCUGCUAUUGAAAGUCUCAAAGAUUUUACGCCACCGCGGAAGAAGAAGAAGAAGCAUCGUCUCUGGUCUAUGCACUGUAGGAAAAUACAGCUCAAGAAAGACUCCGGUGCAAACCACGUUCAUAAUUUCGCACCCUGCGAUCACCCGGGUAGACCAUGUGACACUUCUUGUCCUUGCAUUCAGGCGCAGAACUUCUGUGAGAAAUUCUGUCAGUGCAGUAGCGAGUGCCAAAAUCGAUUUCCAGGGUGUCGUUGUAAAGCUCAGUGUAAUACAAAACAAUGUCCUUGUUACCUGGCGGUUCGUGAAUGUGAUCCUGAUUUGUGUCAAACAUGCGGCGCGGAUCAGUUCCAUAUUACUAAAAUCUCAUGUAAGAACGUGAGCGUUCAGCGAGGUCUUCACAAGCACCUUCUGAUGGCGCCAUCCGAUGUGGCCGGUUGGGGCAUCUUCCUCAAGGAAUCUGCAGCGAAAAAUGAAUUCAUCUCAGAAUAUUGUGGAGAAAUUAUUAGUCAGGACGAAGCUGAUCGGCGAGGAAAAGUUUAUGACAAAUAUAUGUGCAGUUUUCUCUUCAAUUUAAAUAAUGACUUCGUAGUAGACGCUACGCGUAAAGGCAAUAAAAUUAGAUUUGCCAAUCAUUCAAUCAAUCCAAACUGCUAUGCAAAAGUAAUGAUGGUAAAUGGUGACCACAGAAUUGGCAUUUUUGCCAAAAGAGCUAUACAGCCUGGCGAGGAAUUAUUUUUCGACUACAGAUAUGGACCAACUGAACAACUAAAAUUUGUCGGGAUAGAACGAGAAAUGGAGUUCCUUUGAUGACACAAUAUCAUAUCAUAAACACCUGUUCUCAAUUGUAUAUAUAUUAUAUUUGUAUUUCAUAUUUUAACUCAAUCGUCUUAAUAAUACACGGUCGCACCGUAACAAUUUUUAUGGGGCCAACUUUUCAUGGCUUGCAAUGUAAAUCUGUCAUUUGGAUUUCAUAUCGAUCUCGAAGUAUAAUACUAUAAUUCAUUAUGUAACAAGAAAG